UAUCAGGGAUUUUACCAGAAUGUAGGUGAUUUUUUAAAAAAUAUAUAUUUUAACUGAAAACUUUUUUUUUUUAAAUUUGUUUGCUCACUCCUCGCGCAGCUCUGAUUGAGUGGAUUUCUGUGUUGGGAUACUUGAACCUCCGAUACGCACAGGAGGGGGGAAACUGCACGCGCUCCUCUGAUCCUGCUGCUGGAGCCACAAACACGCGCCGCAGUUCGCAAAGGCGAUAACCCGGCUCGCGCGGAGUGCUUUCCACCAGAGACCCCCGCGUGUCAGCGUCCGCGGAGCAGGCUGCAGCCUGCCGGUGCUUCUCGGGGUGACCAUGCCCGGGGUGACGGCGCCGCUCCUGCUCGUGCUCCUCCUGUCCGGGCUGCGCGCGGCCGCGGCUUUCGGGGACGACGUGGAGGAGAUGACCUGUGACCCCAUCCGGAUCAGCAUGUGCCAGGGUCUCGGCUACAACGUCACCAAGAUGCCCAACCUGGUGGGGAACGUGCUGCAGUCGGACGCGGAGUUGCAGCUGACCACGUUCACGCCGCUCAUCCAGUACGGCUGCUCCAGUCAGCUCAAGUUCUUCCUGUGCUCGGUUUAUGUGCCCAUGUGCACGGACAAGGUUCCCAUCCCCAUCGGCCCCUGUGGAAGUAUGUGUCUGUCUGUCAAGCGGAAAUGCCUCCCGGUGCUCCAUGAAUUCGGCUUCAUUUGGCCAGAGGUGCUGAACUGCAGCCUUUUCCCUCCCCAAAACGACCACAACCACAUGUGCAUGGAGGGUCCCGGGGACGAGGAGCCCCCGUAUCAGCCUGUGCGCCACCCGCCCCACCAGGAGGAGUGCCAGGCCCUGGGCUCUGCGCCUGACCAGUACACCUGGCUCAAGCAGACGGAAAGCUGCACCCUGCAGUGUGGCUACGACAGCGGGCUCUACCGGCGAGGGGCCAAAGUCUUCACGGACGCGUGGAUGGCAGUGUGGGCCGUGCUGUGCUUCCUCUCUACCACGCUCACCGUCUUGACGUUUCUCUUGGACUCGCAGCGUUUCUCCUACCCAGAGAGGCCCAUCAUUUUCCUCUCGAUGUGCUGCAAUCUGUACAGCGUGGCCUACCUGGUACGACUAACCCUUGGGAGAGAACGCGUUUCCUGUGACUUGGAUGCUGCUGCCGUGCCAAUUCUGGUCCAAGAAGGCCUAAAGAGCACCGGCUGUGCCAUUGUCUUCCUCCUCCUAUAUUUCUUUGGCAUGGCCUCCUCGCUCUGGUGGGUGAUCUUGACCCUCACCUGGUUCCUGGCAGCUGGACUGAAAUGGGGCCACGAGGCUAUCGAAAUGCACAGCUCCUACUUCCACAUCGCGGCGUGGGCCAUCCCGGCCGUCAAAACCAUCGUCAUCCUCAUCAUGAGACUGGUGGACGCAGACGACCUGACUGGGCUUUGCUAUGUGGGCAAUCAGCAGCAGGAGGCGCUCACGGGCUUCGUGGUGGCACCACUGGCCACGUACCUUCUCAUCGGAACUCUGUUCAUCUGCGCAGGCCUUGUGGCUCUUUUCAAGAUCCGCUCCAAUCUGCAGAAGGACGGCGCCAAGACUGACAAGCUGGAGCGCCUGAUGGUGAAGAUCGGAGUGUUUUCUGUUCUCUACACCGUCCCAGCGUCCACCGUCAUCGGCUGCUACCUUUACCAGCUCUCCCAUUGGGGGGAGUUCAGGGCCAGCCCCCGAGACUCGUACGUGGCGUCGGAGAUGCUGCGAAUCUUCAUGUCGCUGCUGGUCGGCAUCACGUCGGGCAUGUGGAUCUGGUCGGCGAAAACCCUCCACACCUGGCAGCGCUGCUCCGCCCGCCUGCUCAGAGACAGCAGGGCCAGCCGGGGCGGGAAGCGGGCGCCGGGCGAGGGCUGGAUCAAACCAGGAAAAGGCAACGAGACAGUUGUGUGAGGAGGGAGAAAGAGAGAGCAGGACUGGAUUUAAGCUUCUCUCUCUCACAUGAACUCACUCUGGAAAAUGAAGGACGGAGAGGCCGAAGUGUCAAGAGAUGCGAGGGAGAUGAAGAAUGUGAUGCAGGAACGCAGCAGGACUUUUUAAGAAAAGCCUGAGGAUGUGAAGGCAUCACACGCGCUCCUGUCCAGUCGAGCUCUGCUUCAAGCAGAGCAGAGAAAGAGGGCCGAGUCGAACGCGAGCAGAAACUUCAGCCUCUCUACCUCCGAUCAACUGCUUCUCAGAGACGCGGAGAAAGUGACGAGAACAAGGAAAAAGAGAGGCGGACGCGCCAAUAUGCAGACGGGACACACCUAAAAUUUGUCGAGCACCAAGUCUACCUCUCUGUCUCCCCUUCCCCCAGAGCUCGCCGCAGAACAGACGGACUCUGGGAUACAGUAACACACGCCGCUGUCUAUUAACAGUCUUUUAUUUUUAUUUUUUUUUUAAUUUUACACUGGAGAUUUUACAGAUGUAGGCUGAAGUGCCCCUCAUCCAAUUAAUGACUUCAAAUCCCCUUCCACAUUGAAUUUGAAAUUUGUUUAAUGUGAAAGUCUGUUGUGGGUUUUGUUAAUGCCCCACAUGUUUGGGAAACCAGCACAAAGCUGCAAUAAUGCACUAUUAUAAUGUGAUAUGUGAAGUGUUGGGGCAGCAGUUGUGGGACUGAGAGCAAAUCACGAUACACCACAUUUGCAUCCACAGAGCGAAUGACGGGGGCAGUUAAGCGACUUGUCAUGAGCGCUGCAGAAAAAUGUCUUCAUAAGACUUAAUCUUGGGAGUACCAGCUGUGCCUUUUACUGCCUCAUAAAUUUGGAUGUGCUAAGGCAUCUGGGGAAGGUAAGCCUCUGUGUUUUUCCUUCAGCAGUCAAUGAGAAGCGCUGCGAACGUCUAAUGAUGUGUGCAGUCUUCCUGGAAACCGUGUACUGUAUAUGCUCCUGAGUUACCAUGAAAUCCAGGAAAUUUAAUUACUCCCUCUGCUCUUUUCCAAACACGGGAUCCCGGGGCAGGUUAAAGAAUUAGAGGUUAUUAGACAAUCAUGUGCCAAAAUCAUCAUGCAGUAACAAAGGAUGGUCACAGACAUGGUCAUAGUAAUACGAGGAUUUUCCAAAUAAUGCCGAGAAAAGCUUAAAAUCUUUUCACCUGAGGUGAAAUGCAGUAAUACACGUGAACUUUCUUAGCCUUUAAAUGUUGGAGAAUUUACUACGAAUGAAUGUAGGCUGAGUUUUUAUUUAAUUCCCUUGAGUUUUACCACUCUUGGCUGCGUUCGUACAUAACUGGAAAGUGGUAAACAGACUGAUCUCUCGGAGGGGAAGAUACAGUGAAAUGUUUCUCGGUGCAUCAUUUGUGCAUCUACAUUGGAAAUAGCAUUUCUUUACGAUGCACUCAAUGAAGACUGUGUUGAUCCAGUCAAUGUAGCUAGUUACCAAAAACCUUAGAAGUGACCUUCAUCAGUAAUACUGGACAUCAUCAUAUGAUCCAUGCAUUGGCUUAGAGACACAAUGACAACACUUCAUUGUCAUCAAUCUGCACAUUUUCACGGUGCAUUCCGAGUUGGCCAUUUCGUCUCAUCGUGUGAACGCUCCCGACUGUGAAACGAGACUUUCCCAGCUGGUGACUUCGUGAGUUCCCAACUGCACACACCAUAAUCCUGGAACGAGGCCACGGUGUUGAGAGUCAUGCCAUUUUCUGCAGGACGGGACAGAUGCAGAAGAGAAGGGCUCACGCUCAUCCAGAGGUUUCUCAAGCUGCAGCGUACGUCCGUGCAUGUGCACGUGAAUCAGUUUCCACAAAUGUAUUCUUCCUAUGUCCACGUUACGAUCGCCAUCCGGACCCUCUCUGUCACUGUCUGCGUGGACCUACAGCAUAUUUUUCUUCCACCGAAGUGGUCGUAGAAGCAGCGCAGUGAAACUGGCACCAUCAGUUAACAUGUCGGCCUCAUUGCUCCCCUGCCAAGCCGGCGUCUCGUUAGCCAUGUUUGAUGCAUGAAGGCUCAUUUCCCAGACAAUCAAGCCCUCCCCUGGAAGACUUUUUAGUUUUUUCUUGACAUAUUUUUCACAAUUUCAUGAAGGAUAGAGACAUGGCUUAUUGUCUCCUGCAUUACUUUUUAAUGGUUGCCAUUUUCACUCAUUUUUAAUUUGCCAUUUCUGUUUACAACCACAACAAAUAUGACCAUCCCAUCAUUUUGCUGGAUUCACCAAACUGUAACUGCUCCAGAGUGCCGUACCUUUGCCUGACAAUCUAACCGAGCUCUUGUCUCUCAGUGAGUCUGUGUGUGUUUAAAGCAGGUGCUGUGUGUCUCACAACAUGCCUCCUGGAUUUGAGUAGAUUAAUCCAUGUUCUGGUUCCCGGGGGGUAAAAUCUGUUGUCUUUUGUGUCAUCUCCGACCAGGUAGUGCCUCAUGCAGCAUGUCACAAAGAUUUUUUUAGCUCAGUGGUUUGACAUAUGUGGGGGGGGGGGGCGUCUGCUUUUCCCUGAAAUGUGGUAAAUAUAAACCUGUUUCCAUUCACACACACUUCUGGUGGUUCUAGUGAAACUUAGAACUU